UUGUGUAAAGUUUAGAUUGCUGUCAGAAAUAAAAAUCAAGACAAAAAUGACAAAAUUUCUAAUAAAAUUUAAUAGAUAGAGUUACAAAAAACAAAACAUCAACAAUGACAAUUAAUCAAAAUCAGAAGCGACUAAUCAUUGUGGUUGAUGGUAAUGCAAUGUUGGUCCAAUAUUGGCCAACGAUUAUUUCAGAAUACCUUGAAAAAAUUGUCAGGAAUUUUUGUGAUAACAGUCAAGAACAGGAAAACAACACAGUUCAUGAAGUGGGGUUAGUUAUUUACACUGCCAACAAAUCAAAGAAUACUCAUGGAUCUGAUCAUAUCAAAUUCCUUGAUUGGACAAAAGAUAUGGAAACCUUUCUGGGCACUUUACCAUUUUUUGAGUUGACUGGUGAUGGCUCCGAAAUAAUGGUAAGUUAA